ACGGCCGGCAGGCGGCGACCCCGGGCUCGGACCGCAGCUGCCAUGGGCCCCCGCGGGAGGGCGCGCGGUGGCGGGGGCACCCGCUGCGUCAGGGCAUCUCCCGGAGUCCUGGAAUGGUUUGGGUCAGGAGGAACCAUCCAGUUCUAAGCUCCCCACCGUGGGAGGCAGCGUUAGGGACACCUGCUUGGCUCAUGUUGCUCAAAGCCGCAUCCAGCCUGGCCUUGAGCUCCUCCAGGGCUGGGGCAUCCAUGACUUCUCUGAGCAACCCGUGCUAGUGCCUCACCACCCUCCCGGGUUUGGAAUGCUGUAAGGAAAGGUUCAGUUUAGAUCUCACGAGUGGAGUUCUUCCCUGGAGAAGACAAAAUAUCAAUAUUAAAUUAGUGAGCUGUCAGACCAUAGAAGACUUCUAUGACAAUGUUGACCAAGAGGAUAACACUAAUGAAGAUUUGUUCUGAUGUCUGUGUCUUCUAAGCAGUGAAUGCUGGGAGCAGCAGUUAGAGGUGAUAUUGUCUGCGGCUGUCCAGGCAAGAUCUUUAGAACUCCUGACUGGAUGCAUUAAACAUUGGACAUCUGAAACAGCCAAAUUAUGGCAGUGAAGUUACAGUUUAUUCGUGACUGUGCGUGGAAGAAAGUGGUCUACACCAAAGAUGAAUUUGACCAUAUAUGUGUUCCGCUGUUUGAUGGCUCCUGCCGCUUCCUUGAUCCAAAAACGCUACAGUCCCGUCAGCACUGCCAGUGUCUCUUAAACAACCUUAGCAGAGUCUUAAAAUGUUUACAAAGAGAACAACAAGAGCUUACUGACAAAGACUUGAGAAAUCGGCAGGUGCUAGCUAGCAACUUUUCUGUGCAUGCGCAAAUGGUUAUCUGGUUCUGUCAGUCUGGUCUCCUUCCAGAGGGUUCAGACGGGACGAUGCAUUUAUCUACGUCUUUCUACAACUAUCCUUUGCUCCACACCUGCUAUACUGGUCAGCGACAGAGACUGGAGCAUUUGUCAAGGCACUGCUGGAUCUCUAUUUAUUGGAAAGCAUAGAAGAACCCUACAAACAUGCGAUGUAUCCUUUCUGGUUAUUUAAGUGCACCUCGGGAUAUGCACAAAAAUGUUCUUAAAUGUUUGUCUCCUACGUGCUUA